UAAGGGUAAACUUGCCCCUUCUGCUCUGACUGCUGCCCAUCAGUGACCGCAUCAAGCGUCUCUGGACAGUCCGCACAUAACCUGCUCUUUCCGCUCAUAUUUCACAAAUUUGGGGUAUAACGUCUAAAAAAUAAAGAAUCAAACCGACAAAAAUGAGCGCAAUGAAUGUGAAGAAGCUGAAAGUGAAUGAACUGAAGGACGAACUGAAGAAAAGGAGUCUGUCUGAUAAAGGGCUGAAGGCUGAGCUGAUGGCCCGGCUACAGGCCGCUCUGGAUCAGGAGGCGCUGUCCACCGACACCAACGGCUCUGAAGGACAGUACGAGGAUGGAGGCGGCCUCAGUUACAUGGGCGAUGAAGACCUUGAGGAAGAUCUGGUUGGAGAGAGCAUGGAGGCUGAUGAGGAAGAAGAGGAGGAGGAGGAGGAUGGAGAGAACGCGGAGGCCGAGGACAUGGAGGAGGAUGCCGGGGUAGAGAUGGAUAAAUCAGAUGAAGAUGAAGAUGUCCUGCUCAAAGAAGAUGAUGAAGAGAUGGAGAAAUUUGAUGAGGAUGAUGUGGCUCUCGACAUGGGCCCUGGCGAGGGGGAUGCGGACAAAGACAAGAAUGAUGAACAGAAGAAUAAGAAGGGUGUAAAGAGACGGCGAGAUGAACAUGGAAGGGGCUACUUUGAAUUUAUUGAAGAAAGCAAAUACAGCCGGGCGAAGUCUCCCCAGCCCCCUCUGGAGGAAGAGGAUGAAGAGUUUGAUGACACAACUGUGUGUUUGGACACCUACAACUGUGACCUGCACUUCAAGGUGUCUCGGGAUCGGUAUAGCGCCUCUUCUCUCACCAUGGAGAGCUUUGCUUACCUUUGGGCAGGGGGACGAGCAUCUUAUGGUGUGGCACAGGGCAAGGCUUGCUUUGAAAUGAAGAUUAUCGAGAAGAUACCUGUAAAACACAUUUCUAGCAAAGGAAUUGAUAUUCAUGAUGUCCUGGUGGGUUGGUCAACGGCAAAUAGCUCUCUUCUGCUAGGGGAGGAAGCACACUCAUAUGCCUUUUCAACUAAGGCCAAGAAAACCAGCAACGGUGUGACAGAGGACUUUGGGGAGGCAUUCGAUGAGAAUGAUGUUGUCGGAUGCUUUAUUAAUUUUGAUGGAGCAGAAAUGGAAAUUUCCUUCUCCAAAAAUGGACAGGAUCUGGGAACAGCUUUCAAAGUCAGUAAGGAUGAGUUUGAGGGGAAGCCGCUCUUCCCUCACGUCCUCUGCCACAACUGUGCGGUUGAGUUCAACUUCGGCCAGCGUGAAACACCGUACUUCCCCCAACCUGACGGCUUUACGCUCCUGCAGCAGAUCCCUGUUUGCGAUCGCAUCAGAGGACCAAAGGGGCCCGAGACCAAAGAAGACUGUGAGGUCAUUGUCAUGGUCGGACUGCCUGGAUCUGGAAAAACUGAAUGGGUUACAAAGCACACAGAAGCCAAUCCUGGAAAAUACAACAUUCUUGGGACAAACACCAUCAUAGAGAAGAUGAUGAUUUCCAGUUUGAAACGACAGUUGAAAGAUGUAACAAAGCUCUCAGCAAUAUCUCAGCGUGCUCCUCUCUUCCUCGGAAAAUUCAUUGAGAUCGCUGCACGUAAAAAACGCAACUACAUUCUUGACCAGACUAACGUAUCAGCACCAGCCCAAAGAAGGAAAAUGUGCCUGUUUGCCGGGUUCCAGCGUAAAGCUGUAGUAGUCUGUCCAACAGAUGAGGAAUAUAUACAGAGGACUCAGAAAAAGGCAGAAACAGAUGGCAAAGAUGUACCUGAACAUGCAGUCCUAAAAAUGAAGGGAAUAUACACGCUGCCUGUGGAAGGUGAUUGCUUUACUGAAGUGGUUUAUGUCGAGCUGCAGAAGGAAGAAGCAUCCAAACUUCUUGAACAGUACAAGGAGGAGAGCAAAAAUUCCCUUCCUCCUGAGAAGAAACCCAAUCAGGGAGGUGUACACCUUAAGAGAGGAGGAACCCGGGGACGAGGAGGCAAAAAUCUGUUCAACCGAGGAGGAGGACAGGGUCAGAGGGGCGGACGAGGUGGCUUUCAAAACCGAGGCAACUUCAGGGGUGUGCCUGGACCGCGUGGGGGGUUCAGCAGACCACCGAGAGGCUUCCUUCCUCCCCCUGCCUUCAGAGGAGGCUUCAACCGGGGCAGUUUUAACCGUGGUGGUGGGAUGCCUAACAGGGGCGGUGCCCCCAGGCCAGGACCUGGGCGUGGCAAUAUGGUUAACAUGGGCAACAGGGGCGGAGCCAUGCACAGGGGCAACAUGGGGCGAGGGGGAGGGGCCAACCGGGGAAACUUCAACCAGAAGUUCAGGGGUCGAGGAGGAAAUAAUCGAGGUUUUAAAAAUGGCAACUUUAGCAUGAACAAAGCACAAGCUUUCAACCAGAGCUGGCAACAAGGGUUCUGGAAUCAAAAGCCAUGGAGUCAACAAUACCAUCCUGGAUAUUACUGAAUAAUAGCUGUGAUGGACUGAUAUCACAUAAAGCUUUAACGUCAGAAGUCAUUCACUUUAUUUAAAGUCCUUUUGUUGUUGUACAGAUUUUAAUAGGACAUUGAGGAGAAAUGACUCUGGAGCUUUCAAAGCUUUACAGGCUUCCUGUUACAGGUUUUUUUUUUCAACAUUUCAUCUUUGUCUUUAUUCAGGUUCAUAUGACAGCGUGGUUCAAUUCAGGAAUCUCAGUAUAACUUCAGGGUGGGAUGUUUGUCUUUUAACAGCUUUCAGGGUUUUACUUUCAAUUAGUCUUGUGUGAAUCUUUGUGUUGCAGUAAGGCUCUGUAAUAUAAGAAUGCUAUUGUCGAGGCACUUUGCAGUAAUAUGAAUAAUUUGUCCUGCUGCAAUAAUAUUUUAAGUUAAAGGAACAUGAAACAUUUAAUGUAUAAACUAAGAUACUGAAAUUUGGAGGAAGACUGUAUAUUCAAGAAAAUUCAUUGAAAUAACUGGAAAUUUCAACUGUAGUUAUGUAAUAAUUGAGUGUUUUUGAAUAAUCGCUUCAUUAGAUUAUAUUGCUGAAUUUUGAAAAGUCUUAAUUUAAAAGUAGUCCGCCAUCUGUACAUAAAUGAAGUAGGUGCUAAACAGUCUGUACCUCGAAGUCAAAACCUGCCCAGUGUAGAAAAGCAAUGCCUGUUGUCUUAUCAUGUACUUGUUGUCAUUUGAAACACCGCAGUCUAGUUAUAAUGUGUGUUUUGAUCAGUGGUUUCAAUAUGUUUGGGGAUAAGGCGAGCAAAGCUGCGUAAAGCCAUCAGAUUUUCAACAUUUAAUCUCUUUUCUGUCAGGAGCGAUAAAGAGCAUUUUCGAAUCUUUGCACCUAAAAAAAAAAAAGAAAGCAGAAUAGAUGCUUUUUAUUAUUGCGGGUUCAGGAUAUUAUUUAUGUGUAGUUUAUUUUAUUAAGAGUUUUUUUUUUUUUUUCCCAGCUGUAUUUUUAGAAAUGUCAUUUAUUUUUUUAUUUUAUUUUGAAAUGUGGCCUACUGCUUUUUAAAGAUUAAGUAUCUAAGUUAAGUGUCAUAAUAUAUUUUGGUCUUUUUGUGAUUUAUUUUACUUUUUAAAAGUGUACACGGUUUACAAAUCAGUUGCAAUCUUCUUUAAUAUAACCUUAGCUGUAUAGACCUGUAAAAAAUUGUAGUUGGCUUCAAAAUUAAAGCAAUUUAAUAACACUCGACUAGAAUAUUGGACUACAUCAUCUUACUCUAUGAAAAUUAUUUUAUAAUAGUUCUCUCUGUAUUAAAGCUUUCAGAGGAUGUCAGGGUGCCAUUGUGGACUGUCAACAAUAGACUGGUUUCUUUAAAUGUGUAAUUAUUGUAACUGCAAACAAAUGCAAACAUCUACGCAGAUAAAACACAUUUGAAGGUUUCUUUCGCUUAUCUAUAAUUCCCACAGCAGAGAUGGUGUUGCAUAACUAUGAAACAUUACCAACAGGAUUACUUUACCAAUAGGAUGAUCUUUAGUGACUGAAAUAUGCAUAUAUAUAUUUAUAUUUAUUUAAUUUUAUUAUUAUUAUUAUUUUUUUUUUUUUUUUUUUUUUUUACCGCUGUAGAUAAUCUCUCACAUCAGUGUUGUUAAGAUGUUCUCCAUUGUCCCAUACUUCUGAUGCAAAUGACAAAUAUGUUUUAGAUAAUUGUUGGCUAAAAAAUACAGCAGAUAUUAGGAACAUGAUAAUUUUAUUACUUUAAAAGUAUUACUGUUUUGUACUGGGAAAUUGUUAAUGGCAUGUGCUGUAGGACAUAAAAAAAAUGAAAUUUAAGCUUGUUUUGAUGUUGUAUUUGUUCAUGUUUAAGGUAUUUGGUCAGGUAAAAAAUAUAAUAUUGAGAUUCUAACACUUUGUAAUAUAGACCUUUUUCCUUUCUUUUUAUACCUUGCUAUGUUUUGUAUUUUACCUUUAAUCAAGAAGAAAAAGAUGAAACGAGUAACUUAUUCAAUGCAUUCUUUUUGAAAUAGAUUGUUUUUAAAUUAUAAUAAAAUUUGAAGAUAA